CUCGUUUCUUCCAUUUCCCCCCACCUCCGCAAUGACUCAACCACGCCUAACUAAAUUAAUGGCCAAACACCGAGUGAACCACGCCACCACACACGCAGCAGCAGCAGCAGCAGCAGCAGCAGGAAGGGAAGCCGAGCCAAGAAAGCGCCGCACUACCACCAACCUUUUCCUCUCCUACAACUACAAGAACCCCCCACCCGACCGCCGACGGCUACUUAACUCCCACCCCUCUCCCUCCUCGCCCCUUCCUCCUCCUUCUUGCCCAUUCUGUUCUGUUCUUUCGGGGAUCCAAGAAGCUUAGGAAACUAGGGAACGGGCGGUGAUGGGAGCAAGGGGCGCGAUGCUCGCGGUUCUUGUUGUUCUUGCGGCGGCUGCCGGCGGCGCUGAUGCGGCGGAGGCGGCGGUGAAGGGGAGGUACCACGCGUUGUUCAACUUUGGGGACUCUCUGGCCGACGCCGGCAACCUCAUCCAGAACGGCACCCCGGACAUCCUCGUCACCGCGCGCCUGCCCUACGGCCAGACCUAUUUCGGCAGAGCCACCGGCCGCUGCUCCGACGGCCGCCUCGUCAUCGACCACCUCGCGCAAGAGUUCGGGCUGCCGCUGCUGCCGCCGUCCAAGGCCAAGAACGCCAGCUUCGCACACGGGGCCAACUUCGCCAUCACCGGCGCCACGGCGCUCGACACGCCCUACUUCGAGGCCAAGGGGCUCGGCGCCGUCAUCUGGAACUCCGGUGCGCUCAUGACCCAAAUCCAAUGGUUCCGCGAUCUCAAGCCCUUCUUCUGCAACUCCACCCAGGAAUGCAAGGAGUUCUUUGCCAAGUCGCUGUUCGUGGUCGGCGAGUUCGGCGGCAACGACUACAACGCGCCCAUAUUUGCAGGGAAGGGCAUCACGGAGGCCUACAAGUUCAUGCCGGAUGUCAUUCAGGGCAUCUCCGAUGGUGUCGAGGCAUUGAUAGCUGAGGGGGCAGUGGAGUUGAUUGUGCCUGGGGUGAUGCCCACGGGAUGCUUCCCGGUGUACUUGAACAUGCUUGAUGAGCCCGCAGCUGGAUAUGGCACCCGCAGCGGGUGCGUCCGCCGGUUCAACACAUUCUCCUGGGUGCACAAUGCACAUCUCAAGGCUGCACUCGAGAAGCUCCGGCCUAAACACCCUAAUGUGAGGAUCAUAUAUGGCGACUACUACACACCAGUUAUCCAGUUCAUGCUUCAGCCCGAGAAGUUUGGAUUUUACAAGCAACUACCUAGGGCAUGUUGUGGGGCACCGUCGACUCCUGCGAAAGCCGCUUACAACUUCAAUGGGACGGCCAAAUGUGGUGAGCCUGGUGCAACUGCCUGUGCUGAUCCGACAACCCACUGGAGCUGGGACGGCAUUCACUUGACAGAGGCUGCUUACCGCCAUAUCGCCAAAGGCUGGCUAUACGGUCCUUUUGCGGACCAACCAAUCAUCCAGUCCUCCUGAGCAAUUCUGUUGUAGAGAGUAUCAAAGUAGCACACUGAAAAAAUGGAGCAGGGAAAGUAGUUCUUCCAUACAGUUCCAAUGUUGCAUACUUGUAUAUCUCCAUUUGAUUGAAUUCGUUGAUGUGGGGUACAAAGGUGUGAUAUAAGUAUGAAAAAUGUAACUCACAGAUGAUCAUGUAUAUUGUGUUCCGGAAAUGUGAUACAGAUUGUCUUUUUGAGCA